GCAAAGGUAAAAGAAAUCCACGAAAAAAAAAAAAUUUAAAAAAAGAAAAAAAGAAAAAGUGAAACCCCCAAGAAAGCAAUUGGCGGGAAAAGGAACGGCGAAUUGGGAGGGAAACUCAUCCAUUUUGUUUAUUAUUAUUAUUUAUCAUAUUUAUUGGUAAAUUCUGUUUUCUGUUUUUCGUGUUAAAAAAAAAAAAAAAAGAAAAAAGAAAAAGAAAUGGCACAAAUCGAAACCCUAGGUAUACUCCAAGAUAUCCAAUCCCUCGUCUCUGAUCAACUUCAAGUGGUUUCCUACAAAUGGCUGAGUCGCAAUUACUUGGUGUCAUCAAGUACUGCAAUGAGGUUGCUAAAAGAGUUCGUUGAAAAACAUGAAAAUGGGUUUGAAGUGGUUUACUUAUUGUCUGGUUGGUUGAAGAGUAACCCUCCAAUUUAUCAUCGAAAGCUUGUAUCUGGGUCUAAACUUCCAGAAGCUAAACAGGAGUUCAAUGAGAGUUGUUCAGUUCAGGUUUAUAGCGUGCAAGCUUGCAUUCCAAAGGAUCCUGCUGUUCUUUGGAAUGCUGAGUUUCUACAAGCGGAGGAGCUCUUUAAGCAGCCUUCAACAGUUGACAAUUGCUUGAGAGAUAACAGAUUUUGUGGGAUUUCCAAUUCCUUUGUCAAGCGCAAUGUGGAGGGAACACCAUUGGAUAUUUCAUCUUCACACCUUAAAAGUGAAGUAAACCUUGGUCUCAAAAGUAAUUUGGCUCAUCAGAGUAUCACUGUUCCUCAAUCUCUGCAAAACAAGGGGCAGCAGUCUAGUUCAAAAGCUGAUUUGCUGUCUCCUAGUGUGGCAAAAGACGUCAAAAGUGAAAGUAAUGGCUCAGAAGUGCAUGCUCAGGCUAGCAAACCUCCUGGAGACAAAAAAAAUACUUCCUUGCCAGCAGAAGAAAAGAAAGUCCAGAAUGGUAAAGGUUCUUCUAGCACUGGAGGUUCAUUGGCGACUUUUUGGAGUCGUGCAUCCGCGAAGUCAAAGCCCAGUUGUCCAGCAGAAAAUAGUAACUUAAUUCCAAAUCCUGCUGGAGCUAGUUCAGACGCUCAAAUUUGUGCUCAAGAAGUGGUAGAAGGUUUCAGCAGUGACGAUGAUGUGCAUGAUAUCAAUGUUAAGAGAGCUUCCAAUGGUGAAGGCACUAGGAAAAGGAGGGUGGUCUUUGACUUCUCAGAUGAUGAUGAAUAUGAAGAUGCAGUCAAUUUAGCAUCACCAGAAACUGUAGAAGGGAAAUCAGGUCGGGCUCUGAAAGAAAGUAUCAACAUUCCGGUUCCAGAGAAAUCCAAUUCGAACUUUGACAAGCAGGUAGAAGAUAAACCGAAAACUAAGGAAGAGAUAUCAAUUGGAUCUGAACAAUUAUUGAAAGAAGAUUCUUCAGUUCUUAGGAAUGAUGGGGCUAUGGCCAUUUUUCCUACAGAGAAGAAAAACAAGCAGUUAAACAAAGAGGAUAAACAAAUCAAGGCUGCUCCAGAUUCACCUAAAAGGAAAAAGAUUCUAAAGACACGCAUUGAUGAGCGUGGCAGAGAAGUCACAGAGGUGGUUUGUGAGGGUCAAGAGACAGCACCACCCAAGAAAGCUGAAUGUGAUACAACAAAAGUUGAUAAUAAUUUAGUCACCAGUGCUGCUGUUAACAGGCCUCCUGCAGCUAAGAAGGCAUCGGCAGUUGGCAACACUGCUCCAUCCAAUGCAACAGGCAAAACAGGAAACAAGAAAGCGGGAAACAAGGAUUCUAAGCAAGGCAACCUUCUUUCUUUCUUCAAGAGGGUUUGAGAAUCUAAAGCCGGAAAGAAAAUUGUUCCGUUGGAUUGUUUUUCAAGUCGUGGUGUUCAUGUAAAGCCUUGUAUGGCUGCUAGAGAGCCUUAUAAGCCCCGUUUUGAGCUGUUGAUAUAGGUUUUUGUGCAAUUUCAAUCUAGCCGCGGCUUGGUUCUUUUUCCCAGUUGAUCCUUAGUGUUACUGAUUCAAUUUUCGUUCAAUGUACAUGCUAUUAUUUAUAGCUUUCAGAAUCGAAAA